CUUACUGGGGUACAAAGGAUCAAGUCCAUUUAAAAAAGGGCCUGUUUUUCUCUUCUCUGGACUUUUACAUUUAUUUGAUCUUCUUCUUCUCAUCAUUGAUACUUUUUGUCUUUCAUCGAGUAUUGCUUUCUUUUCUUUCAAUAUCCCUUUCACUGAUUUGGUUUGAUUUGAAGAAUGUCGCAAGAUCUUUUUGAUGUGCCGAUUUUCUUUAUUGUUUUUCGCGAAACAACGGAAGCAGCCAUUAUUGUUUCUGUCCUGCUCUCUUUUUUGAGAAAGAUGUUCCAUACUGAAUCACCCACUUAUAAGCGUCUCCGAAAUCACGUCUGGAUCGGCUCCGUGGUGGGUCUUUUUAUCUGCUUAUGUAUCGGUGCUGCCUUUAUUGGUGUUUACUACACAGUGCUCAAGGAUCUGUGGGGUAAUUCUGAAGAUAUCUGGGAAGGUGUGUUUUCUCUCGUUGCCGUUAUUAUGAUUACCGUGAUGGGCUUGGCUAUGUUGAAGACAGAACGUAUGCAAGAAAAAUGGAAGGUGAAACUGGCUAAAGCUGUCAUGAAAUCAUCAACGGAAAAAUCAACCUUCAAAGAAAAGAUGCAAAAAUAUGCUUUCUUUUCGCUACCUUUUAUCACUGUGCUUAGAGAAGGUCUAGAAGCUGUCGUGUUCAUUGGAGGUGUCUCACUAGGCAUACCAGCCAAAUCGAUUCCAAUCGCUGCUAUCAUGGGUAUUGUCUGCGGUUGCGUUGUUGGUUAUAUCAUCUAUCGUGGUGGUCGCCUGGUUCAAUUACGUUGGUUCUUUGUCGCUUCCACUAUUAUUCUUUAUCUUGUUGCUGCUGGUUUGAUGUCUAAAGGUGUUGGUUACUUGGAACAAAAUGCGUGGAACAACGUCAUCGGCGGUGAAGGUGGCGAUACCAUUCCUUACAGAAUCACCACUUCCGUUUGGCAUGUUUCUUGGGGAGAUCCUGAAUUGAACACUGAUACCAAUGGCGGUUGGCAAAUCUUUAAUGCCAUCCUUGGUUGGAACAACACGGCCACUUACGGUAGUAUCAUUAGUUAUUGUCUUUAUUGGUUGUUUGUCGUUGGCUAUCUCGUCUACAGUUUCCUCAAAGAAAAACGCAAUGCUAUCAGAAAGGCUGAAGCAGGCGAAUGGGAUGAUGGUGACGAGGUCUUGGAAGAAGCCAAGCAUUACAUUGACGAAACGGGUGAAAUCCGUGGCGCUGUUGUCGAUGUGGAGGAAGCCAAGCGACAUCCUUCUGUAGAAGGACCUUCUGAAGCCAUUCCAGUUUACACAACAGGGAAACAUUAAAACUUCCAUUGUAACACACUUUGUUCUUCUAUCAUCUCCCGCUUCAUUUUAUGUCAUCUGCUGUUUUAAUUGCAUUCUUUUUUUCAAAUCCCCAAAACUUGUACUACGUUAGAAAUUAUUUUGAUCAAGGCCUGUCUUUCGCAUACCAGACCUUUUAAUACAUGUAUUACCAAUAGCUACUUGGCCACAUUAUCAAUAAAGAAAAUUUUGCCUCAUAAUAUUCUUCACAAUGGCAAGGACUUGGGGGGGGGAAAUCCUGUAAUGAUUUCAUCGAUGGAUAUGAAAGUUUAAUACGUGCAUUGGCCUGUUAUCAGAUAAUCGAUUUUCUUACGCUUUCUAUUUUACUCGUAUGGGACCCAGUUUUUCUGUAUUC